ACACACACACACACACACACACACACACACACACUCCCCCAGCUCUGAGUGCUGAGUGUAGAAAGGAGGAGAAAGAGUCUGUGUGUGAACUGGACUCUGAGGUGACCUCAUAGCGUCCAGGUGGAUCGUCUCACACUCACACACACACACACACACACACAAAGCUCAUCACCAUCUCCCUGGAGCUCAUCAUGUCACGCUUCAGCACACUUUCAGCUCAGGAGAGAAAGAAACAAGCGGCGGCCAUUUGCAGUGAAAUCCACGGCACGACCAACGGUGAUACGAUGGAUCUCGGUAAAAAGCUCUCUGUCCCUAAAGACAUCAUGCUGGAGGAGCUCUCUCUCCUCUCUAACCGCGGCUCACGCCUCUUCAGAAUGAGGCAGCGCAGAUCUGAGAAAUACACCUUCGAAAGUAUUCAAAAUGAAGCUAACACCAUCUUAAAUAGUGAAGGUCAGACUGAAAAUGCAGAAAACAAAACUACAAACACUUCAGAAGCCACAAACUCAGCUAACCCUGAGGAGAUCGCACCAGGUUAUGGAGGUCCUCUAAAGGAUGUUCCUCCAGAGAGGUUCAAUGCUACAGCUUUGCCCAAGUCCUACCACUCCCCCUGGGAGGAGGCCAUCAUUAACGACCCAGCUCUGGCUGACACACUGAGUCUCCAAAUGCCUGCUCCAGAACCCAGAGCUGAGAUGCCUGAUUACAAGAGCUUUAACAGGGUGGCCACACCGUAUGGAGGAUUUGAGAAAGCUCCUCGAGGAAUCAACUUCAAAGUUCCAGAGAUUGACCUGAACCCACCGAGGUACCCAGAGCUGCAGGACCCUACAGCCAAGAGGCCAACCUUCAACCGCACAGCUCAGGGAUGGAUCUCUGAUGGAGUUUCUCUCAUCAUACCCACGAUCUCUGUGGAGCCGCUGGAGAUCCCUGAGUCUGAUGACCUGUAAACACUGAACACACGUCAGCUGGCUUUCACAUCACCUACAGUCUGAGAACAUUUCUCUCCAAAUCUCCAGAUAUUUUAGUGCAUUUUAGCUCUAACAAUGUGAUCAAAAUAGAAUAAAGAUGUAAAAGUAAAAGAAAUAUAAAAAUGUUAGAAUAAUUAUUAUUUUAGAUUUGGUUAGAAUGUUAGGAACAUUAGGAUCAGGAUCGAUAAAACACAAUAAAAAUAUAUAAUCAUCAGAACAUUUCUGUGUUCAAUACUAAUUAUUCACACUGAAACCUGAACACAUUUAUUUCUAAUGAAAUCACAUGAAAUAAGUUAUGAGCUUUAUUUUAUUUAUGAAAUACAUUAAUACCUUUACAUAAUAAAUGACAUUUAAAUGAAAGAGAGAGAGAGAGAGAGAGAGAGAGAGAGAGAGAGAGAGAGAGAUGUAAAUAUGAUCUGAUAUAUGAAAUAUGGUUUUUAUU